AUGGCUGGCCUCCCAGAAAAUUGGGAAUGGGACUACGACGGGAAGCGAUGGUUCUACCGCUAUAAGCCCACCGGCCUAAUCCAGUUCACCUUCCCAAAGCCUGGAGACGAGUUUCCCGAAUUCGUCGACGACACCUCAGAACCCCCCGACCUCCCUCCCGAGGAGAAGCUUGUUAGCCAGCAACAGGUCAAGAGGAGGAGUACCCUGGGCGAAUCCCAGUCCAAACAAACAUCCACAGCGGCUCGGAGAGACCGGGCACCCUCGAAUGCCGUUUCUGAUAUAGAUGAUGGCGGCGGCCCGUUUUGGCUCCAGCCGGACGGCCUCAUGUAUAUGGGGCCCGGCGCUUACAAUGAUAUCAGCCCUUUGCAGGAGGAAGAGGAGGAACGCGGCUUGGGGGACGGCGGUGGCGAGGUUCUAGACGCUCCAACCCCAUCAACUGUUGCGACGAACAUGGUGGUCACGGCGGCUGCGGCGACCACCGGAGUGGCCCCUAACGAAAGCCCUGUGCCCCCGGCGCGCUCACAAAUAUCACCAGUAGCAAGCGUGAAAACUACGCCGCUUGUUAUCGACAGCCUCCCUGCCACGACAACUCCCGAGUUGGACAGUGGCGGCGUAGUCAUCGGGGCCAACGAACAUGCCCCGGCCGAUGCUGUCGGGGAGCCGCCCGAGAUCCCCCUCCUGGACAGUCGACAGAUCCCAUACAACCCGAUCGGUUUCAUGGCGGAACUUCCCAGCGAGUUUACGGCUCAGUGUGACGAGGAGAUCAACCCGGCCCCCGUGGAGAUGCCCAGCAAUGAAGUUAUGAUUGACACAUCAGAACCAGCACCCUAUGCCAAUGCGUUUCACUUCGCCCCGGUCGAGCUUCCAUUAAACGAAGCGCGCAUCGCAAGGAACCCCCUCGGUGACGUGGCCGAGGAAAAAUCCAUAGCGACACAGGUCCCAUUGCGGGAAAAACAAGAACAGCAGCAGAGAGCACACCAGGCGGUCCGGGAGUUGCUCAACCGACCAUACAAGCCUGUUCGUCAAAGCUCCCUGCCUCAAUCUGUAAGCGCUCUGGACCAACCCUCGAAUCCUGCCGCCUCCGGUCCAACACCAGGGAAGUAUCAGGCAUAUAAUCCGGCGAAACACGCCCUGCACGGAGUUGCCGCCGCGAACCGGUCUUCGACCGUCGAGCCGCGGGAUCGUCAGCCAUUGCCAGUUGACGAUAAUAAACGGCACACCUUUGCGGGGCCGCCGCCGCCGCAGUUUCGGAUGUCCGAAGUCACUCCUGCGCUGCAGCCGGCCGAUGUGCGUCCUCUUGAUUCACCCGACAGCGUCGCGCAAACCACGGUUCCUCGUUCUUCCCGACCACGUCCUGAGAGCAUCUCCGGCCCCAUCACCCAGGCAAAUUCCGGUGGCCUCGCCCAUUUCCCUUCGGUCCUCCAACCCGCCCGCGGCCGCCCCGUCCUGCGCAAUCAAACACCCCCUCAAAGCCAAGGGGCCAGUCCGGCCCGGUCAUACCAAGCCUAUAGGCCAUACCGUGACUUACAACGGGACAUCGAGGAUACGGUCCAGCUUCUAUCCAAGAGCGGAUACGGCCAAGGAGCCACGGCAGCCCCCGAGGCAUCUGACCCCAUGAGGCCUCGGAUUUCUAGGACAAGUACGCUGCCGACACAUCUUCCCGCGCUCCCAUUCAUGGGCGUCCGCCCGCAUCUACCGCACUCGGUCACGAGCGAGGGUUUACAGUCCAGUCAAGCGCCUUCCAGCGAGUCCACUGGCGUCCCAUCUGGAAGAGAGGCCGGGAUCGUACCCACACAGCCAUACCCUGGCCCUCUACCGCCCUCGGGCUCGGACAUACCGCAACCCCUCAAUCUAUCACGCAAGUCACCACCACCUCAGAACAGCGCGCCAACCUUUGCUUCUACAAUUGAGUCAUCAAUCACAGCUAAGCCGGGGCCCAUACCGGGGGCCGUACCGGGGAAGACUACCCCUGCGCCCUCCGGUACUACAAUCGCUUCUGCUCCGGUGGCCAGCUCG